UUCUCACACUGAUAAAAUAAAAAUAAAAACGAAAAGGGAAUUAAAAGGCAUCUGAACUGAACUGGAGAACUUUUUAUACAAAUAAAUUCAGUACGGAAUCAUGUCGGCCGAAUUUCCAUCUUAUGAAUGGUUGCAUCAUGAACAUCCACGUCGCCUCAUUCCUGCUCUUUGUAAACAGUUCUAUCAACUUGGUUGGGUUACAGGUACUGGAGGAGGCAUAAGCAUCAAACAUAACAAUGAAAUAUAUGUUGCCCCUUCUGGAGUUCAAAAAGAAAGGAUCCAACCCGAUGAUAUAUUUGUUGUUGAUAUUAAAAGCAACAUCCUGAAUGCUCCACCAGAUAAUAAAAAACUAAAAAUCAGUGAAUGCGCUCCACUCUUUAUGAAUGCAUUUGUUAUGAGAAAUGCUGGUGCUGUCAUCCAUUCCCACUCAAAAGCUGCAGUACUUGCUACCUUAAUUUAUCCUGACUCUGAAUUUAUAAUCACCUAUCAGGAAAUGAUAAAAGGAAUAUCAAAAGGCAAUAGUGGCUUAAAAUACAGAUAUGAUGAUAAACUUGUCGUCCCCAUCAUUGAAAAUACACCAUUUGAAAAAGACUUAAAGGACAGAAUGGCAGCUGCAAUGGAGAAAUAUCCUGAAGCUUCUGCAGUCCUUGUGAGACGACACGGUGUCUAUGUCUGGGGAGAAACGUGGGAAAAGGCCAAAACAAUGGCAGAAUGUUAUGAUUAUUUGUUUGAUGUCGCAGUUCAAAUGAAAAUGUUAGGAUUGGACCCGACAGCGCCACCUUCAGUCAAGGCAGAUGAGCAGUGCAAUGGCAAAGGGAAAUGAAUGGAAAUUGAAUAAAUCUCAUGAAGAAUCUUCAUAGAAGCAUUUUUAUAAAUACAGAAUGUGUCAUCGAAUGCAGCUAUGGAAGAUUAUCUCAAACCCUGCAAUUUUAACAGUACAAAUGAAAUAUGUAUAUAUAUAAGCCAAGUA